UUACAGAAGUUGUUCGUUUCCCUCAAAAUGCCGGGCGAUCCGAGCUCCAGAGCCUCUGGUGGUAUCAUAGCUUAUAAUGGCGAUUCUGCUCGAGGUUGGAAUGACCCUCCAACUUUUGCGUUCUCUAAUAACUCGACGGGCAACAGACCGAAGUUAGAUCUAAGGAAGAGAGUAUCACAUCAGCAAGCUUUACAUGGAAUACAAACACCGUCGCAGAGUUUACAACCAGCUGUUGUUAACAACGAAGAAAUUACAAACGGUGUUGGUGCUCUUAAACUCAAUGGCAUCUCCCAGCCACUUUAUACACAACCUCCAGUGACAACAAAUGCACCUCUUGGAAGUAAUAACCUGGAUGGCAUUGCCCAGCCUCUUUUCACACCACCAGUGACAACAACUCCUCCUCUUGUUAGCCAUAAUCUUAAUGGCAUCACCCAGCCGCUUUUCACUCCAGCACCAGUGACAACAGCUUCACCUCUUGUAAAUACUAAUCUCAUGGCUCCCUCAAUACCAACCAUGUUUACAAGGAGUGUAUCCACACCAUCUUUCACUGAUGCAGGAACAGCAAAUUCAAGUGAUGUAUCUGUUAACUCAACGCAAAGUAUCAACCCUCCAGGGACAUAUGCACAUGCUAAAUCAACAGAGAAUCUCUCAGGGAAUCUUGGACAACCAUUAUUUGCUCUCAAAGAUCAUAGUUUUGAACCAAUAAGAACUGCACCUCUACACAGUAUCCGCUCAACGGCAGAAAUCAGUGAUCAUUUUGAUGAUCACCACAGCUCCCCACAGAUAUUCCAUCCAAUAACUCCUCCUGUAACAAAAGCUUCCGCCAUGCCAAGUUAUCAAGAUAACCCACUUAUAACCCAGCCAUCCAUCCCACCACCAUUACCAAGCCAACCUCCAGUUGGUCACACAACACCUCCCUUGUAUCCAGUACACAGGCAGAGCCCUGUUCCACCAACAAUGCUCCCACAGGGGAAUGGAAUAGCUAAGCAUCCUCACAUGGGACACAGUAUGACUCCACCACCACUCCCAGGGAAUCAAAUCUCAUCUUCAGCUUCAUUAAGUGCAGGGAAUACUCCUCGCAGUACCUCUCCCUCUGGUGAGGAGAAAAAUGAAGCUGUCUCUAAUGCAGUGGAUAACCAAGAAGGGCUUAAGAUCACAAUGGAUGCCUUACAGGAUGUUAUUAACAAGCUUCAAGACAACCUAGAGAAAAGAGUUGGUGAUGAUAUUGCAAGAAGACUUCAAGUGAUGAGUCAGAAUUGGACAAAUGGGAAACUUAGUCAAGGUGUCAAGAGCAGAAUGAUAAAGCUUGCACAAGCUCUAGAUGGUGGAAAUGUUGAGGAAGCACAUCAGAUUCAUAUUUCACUAAUGGUGGAUUUUGUUAGUGAGGUAAACCAGUGGAUGGUUGCCGUGAAGAAGUUAAUCAAUUUAGUCCGUACAUCAAGUGCUUUCCCAGCUCAUUCAUGAUACUCAAGAAAUUUGAAAUAUUAGACUGUCUAUUAGUAAUUUAAUUGAACAUUACAGCAAGUGAAGUGAAAAAGACUUAGGAAAUCUCAGGGAUCUAUGGAGUAGUUGUGAUCUGUGACUGUUCCAAAUGGUCUGGAGAAAUCAAGAAUUUCAAAUCAAGUUAGAGUUUGUGAAUUAAAGACUUUGUUUAUCAUCUGUUAUGGUGUUUUAACACAGUUAUUGUACUCUGUCAAGAGGUGGCAGUGACAAAUAAUUAUAUGAAAUUUUAUUUUGAAAAAAGAAAAAAACACCUUUAGAGUUAGUUUUAAUAUUUAGUAAAGAGGAUUUGGUGGAGAGGGCAUGCAAAUGUUGUAAUUAAUGUGAAAUUGUGAGAGCUGUGUAAUCUUGCACACAGAAGUGAGUUACUAUAUUGGUUGGUAUGGUCUGUUAGAAAGUUCCCCUAUUUUAUACACAAAUGAUUUGCCCUCUGUGUGGGCUUAUUCACAAAUUCCAAUCUCUUUCCAAAAAUCUUCAAUUUGUGAGUAAAUAUCUGUAUUUAUUAUACUAUUAAGAGAACAGGAACAACGAUUGAAAGAGCUUUAAUUAGUAGAAUGUGUCCCAAGGUCAUUGUAUUUAAGCUUGAGAGUUUAGGAAUGUAAACUUUGAUACUUUAAACUUUAGAAAUUUAAACUUCGAGAGGGGCUGGAUUGCAAUUUUCAACUUACUAUUACAGGUGAAUUAUUAACUGAAAAGGAAUUACAACUCAAUAUUUCAUUGUAAUAUCUUAGCAAUAGCUGAAAUUUAUGAUGUAGACAAUUAAUAGUAAGAUGGAUUAAUUUAAUCUUUUUUCCAUUGGUUAGUUUUGAAAAAUGAAGAAAAGUGCAAUCAAGCCCUCAGACUCAAGGUUUUAAUUCAACUGGCUAAGAAACAUAGUGCUCAGUUACUCUGCUUGACACAAUGUUUUAGUAGGAAAGACUGUAAAUAACAUUGAGAAGUGUACAAAAGUAUCUAAAUUAGUUUAAGUGCAGGAACGGUCAUGUCUUAGUGUUUGAAGGUAAUCAUUAAAUCCUACAAGAACUGA